GGAAGCGGCGCGGCUUGAGUCACUUCGGCGGCGACGAUGAUAAGGCAGAACCUGGGGUGGGCGGCGGUGUUGUCGUAAUCUUUCGACGUUUGAAGAGUCUCCCUGGGUUCGGUCUUCUUUCUUUCCGCCUUGUCUCUACCAUCAUGAUGGAGGAGAUAGACCGCUUCCAGGUGCCAGCCGUUCGGGCCGAGAUGCAGCCGCUGGAUCCAACAGCUGCAUCUAUUUUGGACAGAGAUUGUGGUAUGAGAGGAGAGACUGUAGCCAUGAACUGUGAGCCAUCCCCACUUCAAGUGAAAUUAGAGAAGCAGAGGGAGCUGGCUCAGAAGGGCUUCCUGAAGAACAGCAACAUGGGAAGCCCGGUUAAUCAGCAGCCCAAGAAGAACAAUGUGAUGGCACGAACAAGGCUCGUCAUUCCCAAUAAAGGCUAUUCGUCAUUAGAUCAGAGUCCAGAUGAAAAGCCACUGGUAGCCCUGGAUACAGACAGUGAUGAUGACUUUGACACGUCCAGAUAUUCCUCCUCAGGAUACUCAUUAGCUGAGCAGAUCAACCAAGACUUGAACAUCCAGCUCCUAAAGGAUGGGUACCGGUUAGAUGAGAUCCCAGAUGAUGAGGACCUCGACCUAAUUCCCCCUAAAUCUGUCAACCCUACCUGCAUGUGUUGCCAAGCCACGUCUUCCACCACCUGUCACAUCCAGUAGUGAGGCUGGCAGUGCUUUCAGUGCUUUCACCUAUAAAACUUAAGUCAUCGCUUCCUCCUAUGGUAGGACAUGCACCUCUUUGUGUUCAUGGAGCCAGAAGAAACCCAAAAAUUUAUGAUUGGUUAAUAAGUUAUUUUAAACUAUGAUAAAACAAAAGACAAGUUGAUCAAAGUGCCAGGCACUGCCUGGCAGAACAGACUGGUCUGGAGAGCAAAUGCAGAGGGGUCCAGAGAUGCCUCCUUGGUUUGUUAAGGCACUGGAGAUGUUUUGUAAGGUGUCUAUUCCAGAAUGGGAAGGGUGAGAUGGAGCUGCAGUUACUGCUGCCCACUGAAACCAGACCAUCUACAAGAUCAGGGGUGAGUUUCAGAUGUCAGAGGGUAUUACCUGUUGGAGAAGGUCAGUUCUUAAUUGAUUCACUAAACCUGAUACAUUUGCAUAACUAUAAUUAUACUGUAACUGGGACACAGAAAUAGGAAAAGAGCAGGGCAUCCUUUUUUUUAUGGCAAGGCUAGUCAGGACUAGCAUGAUGUAAUUCAUUUACUUGUAAAAGGGAAAAAUAGGUGACAUUUCACUAUGAGUCAGUACUAGUUAGAACUGUUGUGUCACAUAUCCAAUGCACUCUGUCCUUAGCUCCACAUUAAAUUAUCACCAAACACAUUGGAUUCAAUCUGCAGUCUAUCUAUGCUCUUCAGUUCAGAGAUUCAGUCUUUGCCCAAGAAUACCAUACUCCUGAAUUCAGUCCAGCCAUGUAUAUUGACUUCAGCCAAUACUUCGUUUCUGUGAGACCCAUGUGCUUUCAGAAAUCUUAAAGUGUGUUCAGCUAAGAAAAAAUGAGUCCUGCACAAGACAGAACUAGAACUGUUCAGUCUGAAGGUCAGUGCCAGAAAAACUAGUUGAAGAAAGCACAUUUUCACAGAGCUUGGCUGUCUCCACACGGCAUCUCUUGGUGCCCAUGGGAGAGAUUUAUUAAUGCUGAAAGGUGUCUUUGGUGGUGUCAGACUGCUGUUGGCACAUACUAUGUUUGCUCUAACCUCAGACAAGUCACAUUCCCUCUUGAUAUCCAUUCCUUUCUGCAGCACAGGAGAGAAAGCUGCCUUCCCAGGAUUUUACCACCACCCUGCAUCCAUCUGCAUGGAUGUUGCCAAGUGUGUGGUGGACACCAGUGAUAGUAUAGUUCUGCAAGCAAGAUGUA